GGGACAGCCAGUGACUCACAUGAGCCUUCAUGACGACACCCUGACAGAAUGGCGACCGCGGGAAAUGAAGUGGUGUUUAAAAAGGAAACUGUUGCUAAACUGUUAAGUCGCUCCUUCAGAGAGGACAAAACCAGAGUCAGUAGUGAUGCUGUCGUCCUUGUGGCGGAGAUGUUGAAAGUGUUUGUUGAAGAAGCGACACGGCGAGCGGUCAAACAGGCCAGCAGCGAGGACUGUGACACAGUCACUAUUGAGCACUUUGAAAAAAUUCUGCCGCAGUUGCUUCUUGACUUUUAGUUAAGCAGAGGGGCCAGCAGAUGGCGACCUAAACCAGCUCUCCUCAACUGAACAUCCUGAACCUCUCUUCUUUUGGAAAUGUAGCAAUCGUAUCAGUGUCUUAUUUGAUGGUGUGCAUGUGGUAAAUAUUUGACUAAUAAAAAAUUAUUAUUGUUUGAA